AUGCAUUCCACACAUGCACAUCCGUUGCCCGAUGGACGUACUACAUCGAGUCAAGCAAUUGGCUCGUCACAUAGCUAUAGCGCAAUAACAUCACCAACGACGCUGGCUUCGCAACAGCAGAACGAAGGCCUGAGUCACCAGACUAGGCGACUACAUUUACGCAAUGCUGGAUUCAGAGGAGCGAUCUUUCCUACUCGGCGCAUAAGUCCGCUAUUUACAACAUCAUCCACCGCGGUUGAGUCCAUCAGUCGCCAGGUCAGCAACGAGAAUAGCUCCUUGAGCGCAGAGAAGAGAUCAAUGUACGGCGAAGAUCUACCACCGAGCCCGGUGAAUAUCCUGCAAGAGAUACAGAAGUCCACAAGAAAGAAGCGCUCAUCGCCAAGACCAGGUUUUGGUGCCAUUUUUCAAGACAACACUCAGACGGGGGAAAUGAAUGGAGCUAGUGAGACAUCUUGGUACGCGGAAGGAAGUCGCAACUGCUCUCCGGCGGCCUCGGCCGCAACUCCGGUCAACAUGAUGAAGCUAAGGGAAGGAUCUGGGAACCAGAAGACUCCUCCAGCACCGCUCAGUUCCCCAUUGACGAAGCAAGUAAAGGGUCGGAAUCUCAAACGCAUCAAUCUUCGAUCAGCCAGCUCCGAGGCUUCAACAUACAUUGAGCAUCUCGAGUCUCAAUUAGCUUCUGUCAACGCGAAACUCGACUCCCUCACGUCACCUAACACGAACAAGCUCCGCUCCGCAAAGUUGAGGGCACUUACUGUUGACAAUCGGAAUUUACGUCAGGAUCUUUCAGCUUGGGAGAAGCAAUUCGCCGUCAGAGUCCAAGAAGAGAGGGACCAGCGUCUAGAGGUUGAGAUGGAGUUGAGAAUACGUCUGCGGACGCUGGAAAAUGACAUGGAGUUGAAGGAUGCAAGAAUAGCAGAGCUGGAGUGGGAGGUCGAGAGCAUGCGAGUCAAAGUUGGGGAUGCAGAAGGUCUCGAAGAAGUGAACAUCGGUCUGGAGAAAAGGAUAGAGAUUUUGGCGAACCUUCUUGUUCAAUCACCGAACAAGCUUGACAUGUGCUCCGCAGCAACAUCUCCAGUCCGAGCUGACCCAAUCAAACGGACAUCAAGGCCAAAGUCUAUGCUUCCAAAGAUUCCUUCGCCAUCUGGAGGCGUACGGCUGUCACUGUCUACGGUUUCGGAGUCUGCAUUCUGGCAGCCCAGCAACAUUGAAUCGUCACCGAGCGUUGUGGAGUCGCCCGAGGACGCUGUGCAGGAUGUUGAUGGACAAUGUUUACAGUCGCCCUCUUAUGAGGAAGGCGUGCGAUCGCCUGACUACAGAAGGCAGUCUAGGCAGUCUGGAUCUGAAAGUCGAUCGAGAACAUCAGGUUCCUUCCGCUCUGCGCCAUCAUCUGCAUCAAGACCGAACUCGUUCCGGUCAAGCGGUUCUUUUGGUCCAGCAUCAUGGGGUUUGCCACAUCUCGCUGACGUCGACGCCAGAUCAGCCAACAAGCAGCGAAAGAUGCGCAAAUUUCCCUCUGGUUCAGUCUCUCUCCGACCUCUGAUCUUACCUACCGCAACUAUCGUACCUCCGUUACCUGUAUCUGCCCCUAUCUACCCAUCAAUAGAAGCUACUGCGAGACAAGACAUCUCGGAAGUCUCGCUCGAUCCAACUACGUCCUUUCUAUCCAAACCCGUCGAUAGCUCACCAACCACUACCCCUGAUCGACCUGGGCGUCAUCGCUCGACGUCUUGGGCACAAGAGCAGACAUUAAAGGCUUUAGAGGGCAGGUUCGUGGAUGUGGAACACCUGGACGACGAACAAAUUUCUCCCUCGGUCGUCCCGAAAUCUGAGGAGAAGCUUUUUGGAUUUGGAGAAGUCCCAUCAGAAGAUCAUAAAAGACGGUCACGGCCAAAGAGCCUUCGGAAAGAGCUUGAAGAAGCCGAAAUCGAGCAGGCUGGGCAAGCACAAGCUUUGGCCUCCCCCGAGCUAUUCGAGGAUGGUUUGAUACCUGUUGAUAUGGAAGAGAGUCCCGAAGAGAGCCCCGAAUCCGGCCAAAGCAUGGUGGGCAUUGACCCAACCCCUUCAAAGGCACCUGCAGAGGCCGCAUUUCCAAAGCAGACACGCCUACUCAUAGAAUCGGAGGAUAUUCUGAAGCGAGAGAAAAAGCCAAGCCCACCUACAUACGCAUCAUCCCAACCAGUCAAAGCUCUCCCAUCAACUCUCCUCACCACUCAGCACGCUUUCGGCAUCUUCUCCCGCCUCACAAACCUCAUUUCCCAAACGAAACAAGACCCUCUUGUCCUCGCACGGCGGCUCCUCUUCAACGCAUGGACACAGGGAUCCAAGCGGCUGGGUGGCAUAGGAUGGUGGCUCUUAGGUCUGGUUUAUGGAACUCGAUGGCGUAAACGGAAACGCACGGCUGACAGCGGAACAGUUGAGCCAACAACUACACAGGACUUUGACUGGCAUCAUUUUACGGCUGAAGCGAGCAGGAGUAGGGCCGCUGAGCACUACUUCAGAGACUACGGGGCCUGCCAUCAGAGAAUGGACUCCUGGCGUUCUCCGCCACAUGCCUCAGCUCAACAAUUGCCUUCGAGCAAUAUCAUACCGCCAUCUACACCCUCUCCCAAACCGAGAAAGCAAGCCCACUUCUUUCCCUGCAAUGACUGCGUCGAACCUUCAUCCCGCCGCACGCUCCGUCUCUGGUUCCAAUUCUCACUCACCAUCGUCCUCGCCGUCGGCAUGGCCAUCAAAGACGGUCCCGCAAGUCUACUAUGCGAAGACCUCGACCCCCGUCUUCCAUAUCACGCGCACGAGUCGCUGCCGCAAGCAACCCAAAACCCGAAGACUCAUUGGCAUGAACGCGAACCAUUGCUGCAAGCGCACCGAUCAAGGUCAAGGCACCAGAGUGGCGAUGGAGAUGCACUCGUCGUCGACCACUCAGACGGCACAUCCCCGCCUUCGAGGAUCAACAGCCUCCAGUCCAACGGCAUAGACUCCGGCUACGGCAGCAUCACGUUCGCCGAGACGUUGGGACCGGCAGACUUCGAGGCCAUCUGCUGA